CCGUUCCACGUUACUAGUAAGUGAUCUGUGACGUUACUUCCGUUCCGUUCUGUGUUCCUCCAGUUCUUUUAAAUUUUAAAUAUUGUUAAAAAUUAAAUCCAUUUAUAUUUAUAAAUAAAAUGGGUAGAAAAAUUCCUGGACGUAAACAUAGAGGGAUAAGAGAUCCUGAAAAACAAGCAGCCGUUAGAUUUGAAAGCAUAAAAUAUAAAAUUAACGCACCCCCUUCUAAUGCCGAUAAUCAAGAUCUACCAAAAAGCUUGCAGAGGAUUAUAGAUUUGAAGAAUAAAGUUAAAAGUGGUGAUUUUUUUAAAAAGAAACCUAAAAAUGAAAAAAUUGAAUAUAAUGAUUCCAGAAAACAAGAAAGACCUGCUCGAGAUUUUAUACAAUUUCCGGGCGAAACGGAUAGAGAAUUUGUUCAUCGUGUGAACAAAAUUUGUACCCAUGUAGUAAAGGAAGCUGAAUUUGAAGAAAGAUAUGGUGUGGAAAUUAAAAGAAAUGAGAAUGGAGAGAUUGAAGGAGUAGUAAAAAGGCAAAAGGAUGAACUAGAGUUAUUAUUAAAGAAGGCUAAAAAGAAAAGUAAAGAGGAACAAAAAGGAAAGAAGAAAAAGAAAAAAAAAGAAAAAGAGGGUGCAGUAAGAUUAAGUAAAUGGCAGAAAAGAAAAAAGAAGCUGAAUGAUAAAAAGGAAAGGAAAGAAAUGGAAAAUGUUGACGAAUUCAAGCAGUACAAAGAUGAAGUUAAAUUUGGAGAAAUUGCCCAUGUACCACCUUCUUUAGUAGCACCAAGGAGAGUAGAAAAGCAUGAAACCGUUCCUAGGCCUGGCAAGAAGAAUCUACUCUUGAAGACUUUGAUUGAAAGUACAAAUAAAAAAUCUAGUUCUACAGUAAAUAUGGAGCCUAAAAAUAAUUUGAAUAAAACGAGAGAUAAAGCUAUAAACAAAACUGGCAAAAGGAAAGAAUUACCAACUUCUUUAAGAAGACAACUAGAUCAACAACAAAAAGAAAUUAUAAGUGCAUAUAAGGAAUUAAAAGCUAAGAAAUAUAAGUAGG